CGGUCGUGCAAAGGCCGGCGUUAGUGGUCGGGGCAGCCGCGGCUCGCCGCCGUGUCUUAGUCACGCACAGCUACCCUACGGACGUGCAUCUCGGAGAGCAAAAGCUUGUGCGGCGACCCCAUCUGAUCUCAUCCACCACCAUGCCGCACAUCGCUCCCACAGCUGCGAGGCAGGCCCUCCGCAUUGCGUCCCGCCGCUAUCCCUCUUCCACCUUCUCCCGCGUCUCUGCGCGCGCUGCCACUGCCAACGCCACCGGGCAGCGAAACUAUGUAUCCGAGACGAAGCCCUCCAAGGCGACUGUCAGUGUCGAUACCACCAUCAAGGCCGACCAGAAGGCGUUCCUGAAGCAGACCGGUACGAGGGCAGAGGAUGCGACCAUGCCCUCCACCGGAAUGAGUGCGGAUGCCAUGAUGAGUCCUGCAGCAGGUAGCUCCUUCCUCGCCAUCCACCAAGUGGCGUGUGCUAACAGGCCGAAGGGAUUCUCAAGCAGGCCACCAUCAUGGAUGAGGGAAGCAGGCCAAUCUACCUCGAUGCCCAGGCUACCACCCCUAUGGAUCCGCGCGUGCUCGAUGCUAUGCUGCCAUUCAUGACCGGCCUGUAUGGCAACCCGCACUCGCGCACCCACGCCUAUGGCUGGGAGACCGACAAGGCCGUCGAGCAAGCCCGCGAGCACAUCGCCAACCUCAUCGGCGCAGACCCCAAAGAGAUUAUCUUCACAAGCGGCGCCACUGAAAGCAACAACAUGUCCAUCAAGGGUGUCGCACGCUUCUUCAAGCGUGGAGGCAAGAAGAACCACAUCAUCACCUGUCAGACCGAACACAAGUGUGUCUUGGACAGCUGUCGCCACUUGCAAGACGAAGGUUACCAGAUCACCUACCUCCCCGUACAGCCCAACGGUCUUAUCGACAUGGCGCAGCUCGAAGCGGCGAUACGGCCCGAAACCGCACUGGUCAGCAUCAUGACUGUCAACAACGAGAUCGGUGUCGUUCAGCCCGUAGAAGAGAUUGGAAAGCUGUGCCGCUCCAAGAAGGUUUACUUCCAUACCGAUGCUGCUCAAGCUGUUGGCAAGAUCCCGCUCGACGUCAACAAGAUGAACGUAGACCUCAUGUCGAUAUCCGGCCACAAGCUCUAUGGCCCCAAGGGAAUCGGCGCGUGCUAUGUCCGACGACGUCCAAGAGUCCGCCUUGACCCCAUCAUCAGUGGUGGCGGGCAAGAGCGUGGAUUGAGGAGCGGCACUCUGGCACCGUUCCUGAGUGUCGGCAUCGGCGAGGCUGCCCGCCUUGCUAAGCAAGAAAUGGAGUAUGAUACAAAGCGCAUCACUGCUCUCUCCAACCGCCUGCUUGAGGGUUUACUUUCAAUGGAACACACCACCCUGAACGGCGAUCGCGAACGGCAUUACCCUGGAUGCGUGAACGUUUCAUUUGCCUACGUCGAGGGCGAGUCGCUCUUGAUGGCGCUCAAGGAUAUUGCACUUUCAUCUGGCAGCGCCUGCACAUCAGCGUCCCUUGAACCCAGCUACGUCCUCCGAGCACUUGGCAGCAGUGAUGAAAGCGCGCACAGCAGUAUCCGAUUUGGCAUUGGUCGAUUCACCACCCAAGAGGAGAUUGACUACGUGCUCAAGGCCGUGAAGGAGCGCGUGACGUUCCUUCGCGAGCUUAGCCCGCUCUGGGAACUGGUGCAGGAAGGCGUUGAUCUUAACACGAUUGAGUGGAGCCAGCAUUGAGCUGGAUGGAAGAUACCCGGC